GGGGUGGGGGUGAGGGGAGAGGCGAGAGGUUUAGUGUGUGGAGCUGCUCGCGCUCCGCCCGGGCUGUCAGUCCCGGCUCCAGCCGCCGCGAGACCUUCCCGGAGACGCGCGCACACCCAGCGCACCCCCCGCACACCGCACACCCUCGCUCCCUUGCUCACAGACACGCACACACUCAGCCUGGCCGAGCGGGAGCCACUGACCAUUUUGCAAGUGCCGGGACCAGCUGCGGCGCAGUGGGUACAAACACUCCGCGUUCCCAUUCGGGGCUUUCGCCUGGGAGACGACGACGAGGGGCGAAGGUGGGCUGGGACGCGGACCCGGCGCGGGGCACUGGUCGGGCCGCCUCUCGGGCACCGCCGCCUCCCGGGACGGGCGCGGGCCUCCGCAGAGAGAGUAGAAUAAAGAGGAGCGGCCGCAAUCGCAGCGCGAGGAGGAUGGGAACUCCCCUGUCUCCAGCUCUGUAACAAACGGGUGGAAAUCCUCAAUGGAGGAGCCGCUGAUUUCAUUUGCUUGAGAAAAAUCGUCCAGAGGAACUCAUAUUUGGCUACUCUGAGCAGUGGAGGGGUGUCCAUGACGUGGCAGGGGGAAAAUAGACAUACGAAACCUCCUGUGUGUACUGCAAACUGUAACCAAGCAAGGGGAAAAUCAUCUCUCUCUAGAUUUUAAUUUCACGCAAAGGGUUUUAAGCAUCUGCAGUAUAAACUUACUUCUAUGCCUUGUACCCAGUUCAGCAGAAACCAGAGGAGUCCUGUCUGGGGACCCCAUCAUUAUCCGGGAUACCCGCCGCCAGCGGCCUGCCUUCGUUUACCCACAUCCCCCCUGGAACGGAUAUCUGUUUGGGGGUAUCACAGUCUUUCCUAUAGAACUAUGGCCAAAUAAUAUCCGUGAAUGUUUUGCUAAUUCUGGGACUUAACUCCUGGAACCUACCUGCAGGGCUGGAAUUUAGCCUACAUGCCUAUGAAGAAAUGACAUUUUAAACCAUUUUUAGAAAAUACCUUAAAGGUUUCCUGUGUAGCAGGAUUUGAUAGGCUUAACAACAUGACAGGUAAGAACUUUCUCUCUUUCUAGUCCCUGGACGCCCCACGCAGGGAAGGCCGAAGCGGAACGGGACCCUGGAGGAAGGAGAGCCCGGGGACCUGGGUGCCCUGCGGGGCUCGCAGGCGCUCGCAGGCGCUCGCAGGCGCUCGGCCCCGGCGGCUGCUUUCGAGAGAGGCGCAGCGCUCGCCUCCUGGACGGUGGGGCCAGCGGCUGGGGAAGCUUCUGGGGCGCGCGCGGGGAGGCGGCGCAGCGCUCCACCUGCCCUGCCCCGGACACAGCCCCGGGGCGAGGCGUCCAGGGACCACCCCAAGUCAAUAUUGGGAUAUAUAUAUCUAUCUAUCUAUAUAUUUUUUUUAAUAAACCAAGGAAUGGGAUUUUAAUUAUUUAAAACCCAGGUCCUCCGGGCCGGAUGCUGUUGGGAUGGCCCUAGUCACACAAUAUUAAAGAGACCCAUCACCAAGAGGACGAGGAAAAGCGUCCGAGACCAGCGUCCGAGACAUCCGUUGCAAUUACGAAUGAACCAGAGACUUGGUAGCACAGGGCAUUGAUUGCUGGUGCCCAGCCGGACCCUCCUCCCCUCUCCCCGUCCCCCCCCACCCCCCCGCCCCCCAACCCGAGGCAGGCUCCGGCGGCGGCCGGGACCUCGCGUCCCUACAUCGUGGCCGGGGCUGCAUUUUUCAUGAGCCCGGGGUGAACAGGUGCGAAGUGCGCUGGGAGCAUCCGGCCGGCGGCCGGGAGCGGGGAACAUGGAGAGCGAGCGCGACAUGUACCGCCAGUUCCAGGACUGGUGCCUCAGGACUUACGGGGACUCAGGCAAGACCAAGACGGUGACCCGUAAAAAAUACGAGCGGAUCGUCCAGCUCCUCAACGGCUCCGAGUCGAGCUCCACGGACAAUGCCAAAUUUAAAUUCUGGGUCAAAUCGAAGGGCUUCCAGCUGGGCCAGCCGGACGAGGUCCGCGGGGGCGGCGGCUGCGCCAAGCAAGUGCUUUACGUGCCGGUCAAGACCACGGAUGGCGUAGGGGUAGAUGAGAAGCUGUCUUUACGGCGGGUAGCUGUGGUUGAAGAUUUCUUUGACAUUAUCUAUUCGAUGCAUGUGGAAACAGGGCCAAAUGGAGAACAAAUUCGGAAACAUGCUGGACAAAAGAGAACUUACAAAGCAAUUUCAGAGAGCUAUGCCUUCCUACCAAGAGAAGCGGUGACACGGUUUCUAAUGAGCUGCUCAGAGUGCCAGAAAAGAAUGCAUUUAAACCCAGAUGGAACAGAUCACAAAGAUAAUGGAAAACCUCCCACUUUGGUGACCAGCAUGAUUGACUACAACAUGCCAAUUACCAUGGCCUAUAUGAAGCACAUGAAACUGCAGCUGCUAAACUCACAGCAAGAUGAGGAUGAAAGUUCAAUAGAAAGUGAUGAAUUUGAUAUGAGCGAUUCAACACGGAUGUCAGCUGUGAACUCUGAUCUUAGCUCCAAUCUUGAGGAAAGAAUGCAAAGUCCUCAGGCUCUUCAUGGCCAGCAAGAUGAUGAUUCUGCUGCAGAGAGCUUUAAUGGCAAUGAGACUCUGGGGCACAAUUCGAUUGCUUCAGGGGGAACACACAGCAGGGAGAUAGGAGACUCCAAUGGUGACAGCAAAACUAGACUGGAACAGGAUGAGCAGCCACUGAACCUGAGCGACAGUCCCCUCUCAGCACAGCUGACUUCGGAAUACAGAAUAGAUGACCACAGCAGUAAUGGAAAAAACAAAUAUAAGAAUCUUCUAAUUUCUGACCUCAAGAUGGAACGAGAAGCGAGAGAAAAUGGAAGCAAGUCUCCGGCACAUAGCUACUCAAGCUACGAGUCUGGCAAAAAUGAGAGCGUAGACCGAGGUGCCGAGGACCUGUCCCUGAACAGGGGAGAUGAGGACGAAGAUGAGCACGACGAGCACGACGACUCGGAGAAAGUGAACGAGACCGAUGGCGUUGAGGCCGAGCGGCUGAAGGCCUUUAAUAUGUUUGUCAGGCUGUUUGUAGAUGAAAACUUGGACCGAAUGGUCCCAAUCUCUAAGCAGCCCAAAGAAAAGAUCCAGGCUAUCAUUGACUCAUGCAGGCGACAAUUCCCUGAGUAUCAAGAGCGUGCCAGAAAACGUAUACGUACUUACCUCAAGUCCUGCAGGCGGAUGAAAAGAAGUGGUUUUGAGAUGUCUCGACCUAUUCCUUCCCACCUUACUUCAGCAGUUGCAGAGAGUAUCUUGGCUUCAGCCUGUGAGAGUGAGAGCAGAAAUGCAGCCAAGAGGAUGCGUCUGGAUAGACAGCAGGACGAAUCUGCUCCAGCUGACAAACAGUGUAAACCAGAGCCAGCCCAGGCCACUUACUCCACCUCAGCUGUAUCAGGCUCCCAGGAGGUGUUGUACAUCAACGGAAAUGGGACCUACAGUUACCAUAGUUACAGAGGGCUAGGCGGGGGCCUGCUCAAUCUGAAUGAUGCUUCCAGUAGUGGACCCACGGAUCUCAGCAUGAAGAGGCAGUUGGCAACUAGCUCAGGAUCCUCCAGCAGUUCAAGCUCCAGACCCCAGCUGAGUCCAACUGAAAUCAAUGCCGUGAGACAGCUCGUUGCAGGAUAUCGAGAAUCAGCUGCAUUUUUAUUGCGUUCUGCAGAUGAACUGGAAAAUCUUAUUUUACAACAGAACUGAGUCAAAUGACGAGCCUAUUCACUGAGGUCUAAAUUUGCAGUUUCCACUAAUGACAUUUUGAUUUCCCAGCAGAGAUGCUUCUGGUCUUACUGCACAGUCUUAAGAGAAAUACUUCCAUUAUGCCACAUUGUCCUUGAUCCAUGAAGUGAUGUGUUAAGGUGCUUCAAAGGAACUCUGACCUCUGAAGUACUUGAGAUACUGUAAUGUGUCCAGCCUACUGCUUUUUGUUUUAGUUUGUCAGCAUAAAUAUCUGGGGCAAAAAAACAAAAAACAAAAAACAAACAAAAAAAGGCUGUAUAUUCCUAAUUCAAGGAUAAAACAGAAGAAGCUUGUGGUAUGAAAAAAAUAGUUCAAGAUCCAACUGAAAUAUUAAUGGACUUAUUAUUACUGACUUAUUGGAUGGAAAGCUGCAUUAUCUGGCAAAAGAAAAAAAGCCAAUUUUCUUGUUGCUACAGGAUAUAACAACAAUGAGAAGGAUCUUGUAUUAAAAAAUGUGUAAUUUUUAUAAAAAGAAAACUUGUUUUUCAUUCAAAAUUGUCAUUUUUACUUUGGUAACUUUUUCAUAGGUCCUAAAAGAAAACUGUUUUGAGAAACUACUGUAAGUACCUUUUCCAUAUCCCUUUGCCUUUUCCUCUUUCCAAAUUCUUUCUACAGAAAUAACAAUGCUAGAAAACACACCCUGGCUAAGUUCUUUAAACCGUCACAUCAGGAGCUACUUCCAAGAGAAGCCUGCGUUUCUGCACUCAGGCUCAUCAUGCCAUUCAACAUUGCAGUUUCGCAAUAGAGGUUUUCAUCACAGAAUUUUUUAAUAUUAAAAAAGACAUAUCAUUGAAAAAAAAAUCACACCUUGGUUCCUUACAGCUGCUCACCCCGGAUUGACGCUGCUGUGUUACAGGCAUGCCUCCAGCAGCAAUUGGAUGUAGGUGACUGAAUGUUAAGCGGUUGCAAGUGACAAUCUGAAAAUUUGCACUCGUGUGUAGUUUUUCUUUCUCUAUUUCAGAAAUAGUUUCCAAAAAAGACCAUUACCUCUCCUGAUAGAAUUUGUAUAAUUUACAGUUCUAGGUAAAAAUGUAAAGAACUCUCAGUGGAUGCAGCUGCAACUUUCAAUGAACUGUCCCCACCUCUCCCCUUACUCUUUGCCCUUCUUUCUUAUUUUAUAGUGUUGGAUACACAGGAAUGGUGUUUUCUUUGUGCACUGAGGCAAGCCUAUUUUUUAAAUACUUAGGGAGAAGUACAUCAGUUUAUGCUUCUUGUACAAUUAUUUUUCUGUUGUUCAGCUUUGGUUGGAUUACAAAUUCUUUGUGCAUUCCUGAAUUUGCCUUAUUUCAUGUAAAACUUACGUCAUUCAGUUUUUGAUAAUGAGUUUAAGGCAUCAGUGAUCUUUCUUAUCUACUUGUUACAUAUAGUUUUUCAAGUAAUGACUGUGAUUGUGACCAAGUAAUGUGCACUUUUUCUUGUAACUGUGGACAUUGCUAUGCUUUUUCUUCUAGCGUUUCUAGAAUUACUGUUCCUUACAGUUACGUAAACAAAAAACAAAAAAAAAAAAGAACUUUUGUGAUACUGUUGGUGAAUAUAAUGUGAAAAUCUUAUUGAAAUAUGAGUAUUUUGGAAAUACAUAGAUGCACAAACAUCUUUUAAGGUGUGGAUUUAGAGUUUGCUUAUUUAAAUGAAAAUUCAAAAAAAAUUCGAGGGCUGGUAUAAUUUUCUCUGUUUUGUUUGGUUUAAUAAACAGAUUUCUGUGUUAAAACAAUGAUUGUGAAAACUUA